CGCGCGUCGAGCGCUCGAGUGGGAGUCGAAUCUUCUCCGGAACCGUUUGCUUUCAUUUCUGCACGAGUCCGUCGCGCGCCGUUUCCUUGUCUUCGCUCCGUACCAAAACAAAGUCGCGCGCUUCGCUCGGUAACGUUCGCGCAUCUCCAAAGAAUUGUUCGGUGUCCCGUGUGAAAAGGCGGUGAAUAAAGCCAGGGAAAGAUGAGUGUGGAGGCGUACGGGCCGAGCUCACAGACGCUCACCUUCCUGGACACGGAGGAAUCGGAGCUGCUUGGGGCCGACACGCAGGGCUCCGAGUUCGAGUUUACCGACUUCACGCUGCCCAGUCAGACCCAAACCCAGGGCCAGACCCAGAGUCAACUUGACAACCAGGUGAACGGACCUGAUGGAGGUCUGCCCAAUGGAGAGGAUGCAGUGGCGACGACCGUCCAACUACUGGCCGAUCUGAAUUUUGAGGAGGAUGAGGAAGAUACUUACUACACUAAAGACCUGCCGGUGCACGCCUGCAGCUAUUGCGGCAUCCACGAUCCAGCAUGUGUGGUCUAUUGCAACACCAGCAAGAAGUGGUUUUGCAACGGUCGUGGUAACACCUCUGGCAGUCACAUUGUGAAUCAUUUAGUGAGGGCCAAAUGUAAGGAGGUGACCCUGCAUAAGGAUGGCCCGCUGGGCGAGACCGUUCUGGAGUGUUAUAACUGUGGGUGUCGUAACGUCUUCCUGCUUGGCUUCAUCCCAGCUAAAGCGGAUUCUGUUGUGGUCCUUCUGUGCAGGCAGCCGUGUGCCAGUCAGAGCAGUCUGAAGGACAUUAAUUGGGACAGUUCUCAGUGGCAGCCUCUCAUUCAGGACCGAUGCUUUCUGUCCUGGCUUGUGAAGAUCCCAUCUGAACAGGAGCAGCUGAGAGCUCGUCAGAUCACCGCCCAGCAGAUCAACAAACUCGAGGAGCUCUGGAAGGAAAACCCAACAGCCACCCUGGAGGAUCUGGAGAAACCCGGAGUGGAUGAAGAACCUCAGCAUGUUCUGCUGCGAUACGAGGACGCCUAUCAGUACCAGAACAUAUUCGGGCCGCUCGUCAAACUAGAGGCCGAUUAUGACAAGAAACUCAAAGAGUCCCAAACUCAAGAUAAUAUAACAGUCAGGUGGGACUUGGGGCUGAAUAAAAAGCGGAUAGCUUAUUUCACUCUGCCCAAGACGGAUUCAGGUGACAUGCGACUGAUGCAGGGCGAUGAGAUCUGUCUGCGCUAUAAAGGAGACAUGGCUCCACUCUGGAAAGGGAUUGGACAUGUCAUCAAAGUCCCCGACAAUUAUGGAGACGAGAUAGCCAUCGAGCUGCGGAGCAGUGCUGGAGCACCUGUGGAGGUGCCACACAACUUCCAGGUGGACUUUGUCUGGAAGUCCACAUCUUUUGACCGAAUGCAGAGCGCCCUCAAGACGUUUGCUGUGGACGAGACGUCUGUGUCUGGCUAUAUCUACCACAAGCUGCUGGGUCAUGAGGUGGAGGAUGUGAUCAUCAAAUGCCAGCUGCCUAAACGUUUCACUGCACAGGGCCUGCCAGACCUCAAUCAUUCACAGGUUUACGCAGUGAAGACCGUUCUGCAGAGACCUCUCAGUCUGAUCCAAGGACCUCCAGGAACUGGCAAGACCGUGACCUCGGCCACCAUCGUCUACCAUCUGGCCAGACAGGGCAACGGCCCAGUGCUUGUAUGUGCUCCGAGUAACAUCGCAGUGGACCAGCUAACAGAGAAGAUCCAUCAGACGGGGUUGAAGGUGGUGCGUUUGUGUGCUAAGAGUCGCGAGGCCAUAGACUCGCCCGUGUCUUUUCUGGCUCUGCACAACCAGAUCCGCAAUAUGGACAGCAUGCCAGAGUUGCAGAAACUCCAGCAGCUGAAGGAUGAGACCGGCGAGCUGUCGUCAUCAGAUGAGAAACGAUACCGAGCUCUCAAACGAACCGCUGAAAGAGAACUGCUCAUGAAUGCAGAUGUGAUCUGUUGCACGUGUGUUGGAGCGGGUGAUCCUCGUCUGGCUAAGAUGCAGUUCCGCUCCAUUCUCAUCGAUGAGAGCACCCAGGCCACGGAGCCCGAGUGCAUGGUGCCAGUGGUGCUCGGGGCUAAACAGCUGAUUCUGGUUGGUGAUCACUGUCAGCUGGGUCCUGUGGUCAUGUGUAAGAAAGCAGCUAAAGCGGGUCUGUCUCAGUCCCUGUUCGAGAGGCUGGUGGUUUUGGGCAUCAGACCCAUCCGUCUGCAGGUGCAGUAUCGCAUGCAUCCGUCGCUCAGUGCUUUCCCUUCCAACAUCUUCUAUGAGGGAUCGCUGCAGAACGGAGUCACUGCCGCUGAUCGAAUCAAGAAAGGCUUUGAUUUCCAGUGGCCUCAGCCGGAUAAGCCCAUGUUCUUCUACGUGACUCAGGGUCAGGAGGAGAUUGCUAGCUCUGGCACGUCCUACCUCAACAGGACUGAAGCAGCUAAUGUGGAGAAGAUCACCACGCGUCUGCUGAAGGCCGGAGCCAAACCGGACCAGAUCGGCAUCAUCACGCCGUAUGAGGGCCAGCGCUCGUACCUUGUGCAGUACAUGCAGUUCAGCGGCUCACUCCACACCAAACUCUACCAGGAGGUGGAGAUCGCCAGCGUUGACGCCUUCCAGGGCAGAGAGAAGGACUUCAUCAUCCUGUCUUGUGUCAGAGCUAAUGAACAUCAGGGAAUUGGUUUCCUUAAUGAUCCACGGCGUCUCAAUGUGGCACUAACCAGAGCCAGGUACGGUGUGAUCAUUGUGGGAAAUCCUAAGGCUCUCUCCAAACAGCCUCUCUGGAAUCAUCUGCUGAACUAUUAUAAAGAGCAGAAGGUUCUGGUGGAGGGGCCGCUCAACAAUCUCAGAGAGAGUCUCAUGCAGUUCAGUAAACCACGCAAGCUUGUCAACACCAUCAACCCUGGUGCCCGGUUCAUGAGUACUGCCAUGUAUGAUGCAAGAGAGGCCAUGAUUCCUGGAUCGGUGUAUGACCGCAGUAGCACUGGACGUCCGUCUAAUAUGUACUUCCAGACCCACGACCAGGUUGGAAUGAUCGGAACCGGGCCAAACCCAAUGGGUUCCCUGAACAUCCCUAUCCCGUUCAACCUUGUCAUGCCACCCAUGCCUCCGCCCGGGUACCUGGGCCAGGUGAACGGGCCGGCUGCAGGACGUGGUGCACCUAAAGGCAAGACCGGAGGUCGUGGAGGUCGUCAGAGAAACCGGGGCACAGGUAACCACGGGAGCGGGCAGGCCAACAUGCCGAGCAGUCAGGCGAGUCAGGAUCUGGUAUCACAGCCGUUCUCUCAGGGUCCUCUGACCCAGGGUUACAUCACUAUGAGCCAACCUUCACAGAUGAGCCAGCCUGGACUGUCCCAGCCUGAACUCUCACAGGACAGCUAUCUGGGUGAUGAAUUCAAGUCCCAGAUGGAUGUGGCGCUCUCCCAGGAUUCCACCUAUCAGGGUGAACGGGCUUACCAACACGGAGGAGUGACGGGACUCUCACAGUACUAGAGUGUUGUUGGAACAAGAGCUAGGCCUGUGCUGAGCUUAGUUCAUCAGCAUUUUAAAUAUGGGUAAAUAUAAAAAAAGAACAAACAUGGAUGCCCGUUUACCACUGUUACAACUGAAGCACCAUGAUGUGGGAGCAACAGGAGAGAAUCUAACCAAUCACAGGAGGGAGCGAAGCUGGACAGGAGGUGAAGAGAACGUGAGAAUGGAGGUCUACAUCCGCCAUUCGUUGAGGAUGAGGAGGAGGAGGAGAGGGGAGACGCAGUGUUAGGAGGAGACGAAACGCGAGAUCUUCGAUCUACAACUCCGCAAUGUGGAGGAGGCUCCAAGAGUGCAGGGGCCCUUCCAGGCCCCUCUAUCUCUCUCUCUCUAUCUCUCUCUCUCUCUCGCCUGGCUAUGAACGCCAGCCUCAGGCCUCGCCCUGCCAACCAGAGACGGAGCAAAGAUGAAGUUCUCUUAAAACUACCUGCAAAAACCACGCGUGCUGUCGUCUCCACGAGCUGAGAGAGGGGGUGUGACAUAUUUACAAAUAAUUACAAACGCUUUUAAGCAGCUGAAUUUGGGAAAAUAAAGUUCCCCUCAAAGUUGACAUCUUACAUUCAGGUUCUAUCACCGGACAUCUUGGAGGUCAGGGAUACCUGCGGCAAAAGUUUUGAGUUCGUUUUGGUUUCGGAGAAUUGAAGAAGAAGGUCUCCUCUCAAUCGACGGUGCUAGGACGCUCUGAAGAGGGAUUCAACUUUGAGGAAAGUUUACCGCCUGACGUCUGGGUGGGUCGAAGUUCUGUAACGGAGGGCCCGUCGCAUCUUUAGUCGCUCUACGCCAAGUCAUUCGAAAAGAAAAUGGGUUGUUUAACAUAACAUGGUUUUGGGAAUUUUUCUUUUUGUUUCUUUUAAAUGUUUGUCUCUGGAGAGCUGACGUGGAAGAGCCUGACAGAUUUGUCCUGAUUUUCCCUCUUUCAUUUUAAAAGGUUUUUGUUCAAAUAGAAUAAAAGCAAUGAGGUAGAUUACGCUUGAUUUAGAUGUGACUUCUUAAUAUCUUACUAUAAAAAUCCAUUAAGUCCCCGAACAGACGGAGUCGAGAGGCGAGACUUGCGUAAGAUCAUUUUAAAUCUGUAGUGAAAUGUACUACAGCCAAACUACUGAUUAAAUGACGACUCGAUGCCGUGUAAAUCGGUAAUCAUCUCGCAACGCGGACAGAUACGCAGUUAACCCCUCCCACUGCAGUUCUGUCCAAUCAGAGUGACGCAUGUCAUAACAAGUAUAGAAAUGUCCAAAUGGCUUUAAUCAAAGGUGUGAAAAGAUGAGUUGCGCCUCAAAGAAAGCGAAAGGAUAUCGCAGCACCAAAUGAAGGACAGACAGGUGAGAUUCUCGCUGUUUUUGUGUCUGACUGUAAGAGACGAUGUCUUGCGCUCUUAUAUUAUGAUGAUGAUGUCAGUGAGAUCGGGCAGAAACGAACACUGCCCCAGAGGAGUGCGUGUAUGUGCGUGCGUGCGUGUGUGUCUUUGUGUUAUCAGACAGCCCUCCCUCAUUAUUAUUGUGUUGUGAUAGAUGUAGUUUUGCGUUGUUUUCCCUCUGUUCAAGUUGUUGAUUUGCUUUUUUCUUCUUAGUAACUCAUUUAAAUAUUAUUUGUAUGAUCUGGUUUUCAUGUAACCUCUCUCUCUCUCUCUCUCAGUGUGGAAGUUGCUCCUAAUUUCAACUUCUUCUUUUUUUUUGGUUUCGAAGGACCAGCUGAGUUUUGUGGCAGCUUUAACAUCUGUUGCACUCACUUCAACUUUGUACUUUUACUCGGGAGUGUUUAUACUUUGCUGUUACUCCAUACUUACAGUUGACUGUUUGAUAUUACUGAAGUACCGCAACAUGCAUUUUAUAACCUUAAAUUCCUUUUAAAUUUACACUCUUUGCCUAAAAACUAAUUUUUUUGCUUCAUCUUUCUUUACCCACGAGACAAUCAAAAUCCGUUCAUAAUCGAUGCGCAGGUUGCAAAAAAUGUUAAAUAAAUGUUUAAUAGUUCUGAGCAUGUAUGCGUGUCUCUGACUGCUCUACUCUCUUUUUCAAAUAUAACUUUCUCAUUUUAGAAUAAACUUUAACAUUUCUUUAUUCUUAGUUUAGUUUACAUUGCAUAAAUUAAUUGUAAUUAUCAGUGAUCAGAUUUGACAUGAUGACAAAUUAUUGAGGAUACGAGGUGAAUACUAACAUUCAACAACAUGGCCACUGUGAUUUGUGAUGUAUUUCAGUUCUGAUUUAGAGUUUGAAGAGAUUGGAAAAACACUGAGAAAAGUUGCAUUGAGUUAUCAAUAUCUGAUUGACACAUCAUACUGGUUUUACUGUAUAGCCUGCAUUGAAGAGAAACAAAAUGAUUAUAACAUUAGGAUAUGAAGUAUACACGGGUCAAUGACAUGUUAUGCAUAUUUUUGUGUCUGGGGGCAUUAUGUACAAAGUAACUUGAUGCAUUAAUGAUGUCACUUUUUAUUCUAUAAAACCUGUUUAGUUUAAAUACACAAAUAAAUAUAUCAUUGAUUUAACUAAAUAUAUCAAACUUGUAAAAUGGCAGACGGGGCAACUGUUUGUACGAAUUAGCAGUUUAUUAUUUUAACACACUUAAUUAUUAGCUUAUUAAAAUUAUUGAGGCUUAAUGCAUUUUAUUUCUUAGGGGCAUUUGUUGCACCCUUUGACUUUCUGGUUGCACCACCUGACCUCUGCAAUAAAUUUACAUUUAACGGACUUCCACUUUCUGGUAUAAGCUUUUGCCUUUGAUGUCAAAUUCAUAAAUAUACUUCUUAAAUACAAUUCAUAUAAAACCAAAAUGUAUGAAUAUUAGUUGUCGGGAUGUUGGCAUAGUUGAAAAGUUUCUUUCAACAAUAUGUAUGUUCUUCAAUAUCAAGGUAGUACAACCGCAAUCAUGGGCCUUUUAUCAAGAAGAUAACAAGUAUAAACCCUAAACAUGAUAUCACAUCAUCCAUUGAACGCCAGGUGGUCUUUAUGGCUGAAUAAAGUUUGUCGAUUUCUCUUAAAUACCGAAAAAAACAGCUACUUUAAUGUGAUGGGUAGGCUGUGACACUUUUUGUGUCAGGUGGUACAACCAAUGACAAAGUAAUUUUAGUUUUAAUAAAUGCAAGCAAAGGUUGUCUAUAAAUGCUAUUAUGCUUUUUAAAAUAUUGUUGUUCUUAAAUUUAGUAUUCAAAAGUUAUUUUAACAUUUUUUAGGAUUAUAACUUUAAAUGCCACUGUCACAUAAACAAUCAGCAUGGCACAAGGAGUGCAUUCAAACUUAUCUGGCAAAUAGACAAUGAAUGGUUGUACCACCUAUGUUCAACAAACAAAACUUUUGAAACAUUGUUCCUGACUCAAAAAUAUGCAUUACAUCUAUUUUUAAAAGAUUUUUUACGUUUUUAGGAGCCUGUUUUGUCAUUGACCCGAACAUCAGGAUUUUGUUUUGUGGAAAGAAUAAUCACACCCACAGAAUGUACAUGUAACAUUACAAAUAAAUGUUGCUUUCUUUCACCCAA